AUGGCUGUUAGUCGUGCAGCCUGCGUCUUUUCCAAGUUUGCAACGAGCAAAUAUCCUUUACUGUCAGGUCACAUCAGCCGAAACCUCUCAGUGUCUUCAUCUUUGGCAGCCCGAACACAUGUCAGCUACGAGCUCAAGGAUGAUGUGGCAGUUAUACGACUCAAUGAUCCAACAGCCAAGGUGAACACACUGUCGCUGCAGAUGCAGUCGGAGCUGACUGAGGUGAUGGGGGAGAUCUGGUCGAAUGGGGGCGUAAAAAGUGCUGUUUUCAUCUCCAGAAAACCUGGCUGCUUCAUCGCCGGGGCAGAUAUCAAAAUGAUCCAGGCCUGUAAGAGCAGUGAGGAGGUCACCCGUCUCUCCAGGGAAGGUCAAAAGAUGUUGGAGAAAAUUGAGAAAUCUCCCAUCCCUAUUGUCGCUGCCAUCCAUGGCUCAUGUCUGGGUGGAGGCCUCGAGCUCGCUAUAGCCUGCCAGUACAGAAUUGCCACAAAAAGCAAGAAAACUGUCCUGGGGACACCAGAGGUCAUGCUGGGACUGCUGCCUGGAGCAGGCGGCACUCAGAGACUGCCUAAAAUGGUGGGUCUCCCAGGGGCCUUUGACAUGAUGCUGACGGGCAAGAACAUCAGGGCUGAAAAAGCUAAGAAGAUGGGUCUAGUGCAGCAGCUUGUGGACCCUCUGGGUCCUGGUCUGAAACCUGGGGACAGGACCAUCGAAUACCUUGAAGAAGUCGCAGUGGAUGUUGCCAAGCAAAUCGCUAACAAAAAGAUUCCCCUUACUAAGGAGAAAAGCUUCAUGCAGAAGCUGCAGGACGCAGUGAUGGAUCUGGGUCCAGUAAGGAAGAAGAUCUACAAGACAGUCAGUGAGAGGGUUCUGAAAGAAACUAAAAAUAUCUACCCUGCUCCAAACAAAAUCAUUGAGUGCGUCCAGACUGGCAUGGAGCAGGGCAGAGAGGCAGGUUAUCUGGCUGAAGCUGAGAACUUUGGGAAGCUGGCAAUGACUUCUGAGUCCAAAGCCAUGAUUGGAGUUUACCACGGUCACGUGGCUUGUAGGAAGAACCAACUUGGGCCCCCAGAGAAGGAAGUAAAGAGGCUGGCUAUCCUGGGUGCAGGGCUGAUGGGUACCGGUAUAGCCCAGGUAUCAAUUGAUAAAGGCUUCACCACCAUCCUAAAGGACACCACAGUGGACUCCCUCAGUAGAGGGCACGAAAAGAUCUACCAAAGUCUCGACACCAAGGUGAAGAGGAAAGCCAUGACAUCGUUUGAGCGUGACACCAUGAUGUCCAAUCUUUCAGUCCAGACUGACUACUCUGGUUUUGAGUCUGCUGACAUGGUUAUAGAGGCUGUGUUUGAGGACAUCAACCUUAAGACUAAAGUCGUCAAGGAGGUGGAAGCGAUUGUCCCUCCUCACUGCAUUUUUGCGAGCAACACCUCAGCUCUUCCCAUCAAGGACAUUGCUGCUGCCAGCCAACGCCCUGAGAAGGUGAUCGGCAUGCACUAUUUCUCCCCAGUGGAAAAGAUGCAAUUGUUGGAGAUCAUCAUCACAGAUAAGACGUCGAAAGACACCUUGGCGUCUGCUGUCAGUGUGGGCCUCAAACAGGGGAAGGUUAUCAUCAUUGUCAAGGACGGCCCAGGAUUCUACAUCGUUCGCUGUAUAUUGAACAAUUUUCUAGAAUAUUUAAGACUAUUUCAGGAAGGUGUGGAGCUAAAGAGACUGGACGCCAUUUCAGAAAGCUUUGGUUUUCACACUGGAAUCUCAGUGGUGGCUGAUGAAGUUGGUAUUGACGUAGUGUUACAUAUAUCAGAGAAUCUGUCCAAAGCCUUUGGUCCUCGUUAUGAAGGGGGGAAUUUGGAGAUUGUCAGGACCAUGGUAGAAAAAGGCUUCCUAGGUCGUAAAUGUGAAAAAGGCUUCUCUAUCUAUGGAACGACAAGGGAGGAGCGGAGAGUGAAUCCUGAAGUUGAAGAAAUCCUCAAGAAAUACAGAGUGCCAGCUCCUUUAGCAAUUUCGUCUGACUUCGACAUCCAGCUUCGCAUGGUGUCUCGCUGCAUAAAUGAGUCAAUACUGUGUCUCCAGGAGGGAGUACUAGCUAGCCCUGUAGAGGGGGACAUCGGAGCUGUGUUCGGAUAUGGCUUCCCUCCCUCCCGUGGCGGUCCGUUCAGGUUUGUAGACACAUUUGGUGCAGAGCGCCUUGUGAGCACUAUGAGGCGCUACGAGGAUGUUUAUGGAAACCAGUUUACACCCUGCCAGCUUCUACUAGACCACGCCAAGGAUCCCAGCAAAAAGUUUUACAACUGA